CCCAGAUUUCAUUUGUUCAUUUUACCUUGUACCUCUCAGCAGGUUUCUGCCAUGGGUGACAGGGGAACAAGCAAUCACACAGAAGUGACUGACUUCAUUCUUGUAGGCUUCAGGGUCCGCCCAGAACUCCACAUUCUCCUUUUCCUGCUCUUUCUGCUUGUGUAUGCCAUGAUCCUUCUAGGGAAUGUGGGGAUGAUGACCAUUAUUAUGACUGAUCCCCGGCUGAACACACCAAUGUAUUUCUUCCUAGGCAACCUCUCCUUCAUUGAUCUCUUCUAUUCUUCUGUUAUUGCACCCAAAGCUAUGAUCAACUUCUGGUCUGAGAACAAGUCCAUCUCCUUUGCUGGCUGUGUGACCCAGCUCUUCCUCUUUGCCUUGUUCAUUGUGGCUGAGGCAUUUCUCCUGGCAGUCAUGGCUUAUGACCGCUUCAUUGCCAUCUGCAACCCACUCCUCUACUCUGUCCAGAUGUCAACUCGUCUCUGCAUUCAGUUGGUGGCUGGUUCCUAUUUUUGUGGCUGCAUCAGCUCGAUUCUUUUGACCAGUGUGACAUUCACUUUGUCCUUUUGUGCUUCCCGAGCUAUCGACCACUUCUACUGUGAUUACCGUCCACUUCAAAGGAUUUCUUGUUCUGAUCUCUACCUUCAUAAGAUAGUUUCCUUUUUCUUAUGCAGCAUUAUUAUUUUGCCUACCAUAAUUGUCAUUAUUGUGUCCUAUAUGUAUAUUGUGUCCACGGUUCUAAAGAUGCGCUUCUCUGAGGGACGUAAGAAAGCCUUCUCCACUUGCAGCUCUCACCUAGGAGUCGUGAGUGUACUGUACGGUGCCAUCGUUUUUAUGUAUGUCAUCCCUGACAGAUUUCCUGAGCUGAGUAAAGUGGCUUCCUUAUGUUACACCUUAGUCACUCCCAUGUUGAAUCCUUUGAUUUACUCCCUGAGAAACAAAGAUGUCAAAGAAGCUCUGAGAAAGAUUCUAGAGAAAAAAAUAUUUUUAUUUAACUCUAUCUUAACAAUAAUAUAA